ACGAGGAUCCCAGAUGUGACGUAGCCUGUCAACCUUUGAUGAUUUCCACAUAUUAGAGAUUGACUCGCGCGCGCUCUGUGGAUAUUGCUUAUAGAUCUACGGAUGAUCUGCGCGUAAACCUAUCCUACCUUUCCUUGAGGGGUUGGUGAUCUUUCAGCGCUUACACAAUCGACAACCUUUGAAAGCAAUAUGUAAACAAGUGCAGAUGAUUUCGCGCACAUUCUAAUGUUCAUAAGUCAUAAAGUUAAUCGCUGCUGAUUUUUAAAGAUCGCGCGUGACCGAUGCAGCAGCAACAGCGCUUAAAGUUAGGCUUUGUGAAUCAGUUUGCUUUCCUGAAUGCUGAUUUAUUUACGUGGACAAAGACACACUCGCUGAAACUCUGGCAUCUUACAUGAGGAUUUAAAUGAGCUGAAGAUGGCGGAUAUUAGGACGUAUAAUGUUGUAAUUUUGGGAAUAGGAUUUUUGCUCAUUUUUACAGCCUUCACCACUUGCGGUAAUAUCGAACAAACAGUGGUGAAAAGCUUGAAUAGCACUAACUUCACUGGGAGUGGGUAUCACAGCCUUGGAAUAAUAUAUGGAGUUUUUUCAUUCUGCAAUGUGUUAGCUCCCACUAUCGUUGCUAUAAUUGGACCACAGUUUACAAUGUUCCUGAGUGGAGUUCUUUAUAGUGGUUAUAUAGCUGUAUUCAUCAUUCCAUCCACAUGGUCCUUUUAUUUCACAUCAGUGGUAAUUGGCAUUGGAGCAGCCAUGCUUUGGACAGCACAAGGGCACUUUCUAGUGGAGAACUCUGAUGCUUCCACCAUCAACAGGAAUACAGGAUUGUUUUGGGCUUUACUGCAGUGCAGUAUGUUGUUUGGAAAUCUAUACGUUUAUUUUGAUUGGAAAGGAAAAACUGAAAUUUCAGAUAGAGACAGAAAGAUUAUGUUUAUUGCUCUGCUGGUUAUCUCAGCACUCGGGACACUGAGUUUUCUUGCACUGAGGAAGGUCUGUCAGCAGGAAGAGGUUUUCUCUGAAGAGGAGGGCCAAUCUCUUUUAUCAGCAAGAUUGAAAUAUAAACAAAGAGCAACAUCUGCCGUGACGGAAGCUAAAACAGAGUUUAAGACGAUUUUGGAAAUCUUCAAAACAAAAACCAUAUUGUUGUUAAGCUUCUGCAUGGCAUACAGUGGUUUGGAGCUGUCAUUUUACAGUGGCGUGUAUGGAACCUGCAUUGGAGCCACGGCACAAUUUGGUGAUGCAGCAAAAAGCUUAAUUGGCAUCUCAGGCAUUGUGUUGGGAAUUGGAGAAAUAGUUGGGGGAGGACUGUUUGGCCUUGUAUUGAAAAAUAACCGUUUCAGGCGCACUUCAGUUGUCUUUUUGGGGAUGGUGGUGCACUUUGUGGCCUUCUACUUGAUUUUCCUCAACAUACCAGAUGAUGCACCUGUGGUUUUCCAAACAAGCUCACAGCAUAAGCCAUAUCUGGUACCAAGCGUGUCCAUCGCCCUGCUGUGCAGCUUCCUGCUGGGUCUUGGGGACAGCUGUUUCAACACUCAACUCUACAGCAUUCUGGGCCGGGCGUUUGCCGAGCAGAGCGCACCAGCCUUUGCUAUAUUCAAAUUCAUACAGUCUGUUUUUGCAGCUGUGGCGUUCUUCUACAGUGGUUAUGUUCUGCUGACCUGGCAGCUCCUCGUGAUGGUCAUCAUGGGAUUCACGGGAACGCUGUGUUUUUUCAUGGUGGAGAGAAUGCAGAAUUUGUCAGCUGACACACAGGAGUAUUAGGUUGAAAUCUUUCUCAGGACACAUUUCAGUAAGUGUGCUACUUGCACUAUUUGAUGUAAGAUGAAGUUUGUAUAAAACACUACACGUGACUUGUGCAAAAGUGCCUUUGUUUUUGUUGGACUUUGGGAACUUAAUAUACAGAUGGGAUUAAAAUGAUUAUUUUCUUUAUUUACAUGCUAUGAUAGAAAAUUGUUAGUUGGAGCUGCAUUACAAUUUUCCAUCUUUAAUGGAAUUGUAUUGCGUUAAAUUUGAUAUAUCAAAUGAUAUUUCAUAUAUUAAAGGUGCACUUGGUUUGGUUAUGCUCAUGUUGUGUUGACUGAUGUGGCAGUCGUCUUAUACUGACACCUAAUGGCGUAGUUACAGCUUCAUGCAAAAGCGAAUGUGGAAUUUCCCUUGACUUAUUUAUUCCAUGAGCAUAAGUGUCAGAUAACAGCUGGGUUGGCAAGAUAAAACUAGUAUUUUGCUGGUCAUGUGAUUUCAUGUCUGUCUCCAUGAUUGGACCUGCUCCAUGUAAAAUAUAAUGGCUUUUAUUAUGCUACUGAUAUGACUGGAGCCUAAUUCUUAUGAGAUUUUAAACAGAUUUUAUGAAGUAUUAUCCAUCUCUUUAUGUGUAUUAUGUGCUAAACAAAUACAUAAUGAGUAAAAAAAUACUGAGUGCACCUUGUGUAAAAUAAUGUUGGUGACAAUCAGAUGAUGGCUCCGUAAUUAACCUUUAAACUGAAAUAUAUGGACAGUACUAUACACCAUACAACUUAUACUCAAAAGUACAGAAUCAUUAAGUUGUUUUAUAUUUUUGAAAGAAGUCACUUAUAAAUGUAUAUAGAAAAAAAAUUGAAUUGUUUAUACACAGUGGAGCUGUAUCAUUUCAGUUAAGAGAGCAUUUUUCUCAGGGUCCUGCUGUAUAAUUGUGUUUUUUUUUUAUAGGAUCUGUAACUCUGAAAGGCUAAUGACAUGCCAAUUUGCUUUCAAAUUUCUUUUCUAAAAUGAUUUUAUACUUCAUAUACACUCUGUUCUUUAUUGUGAACUGUUUUAAAGUUGUUAAAACCAUACCAGUUAAGCUGGUUCAGAUACUGCAAGUAUUAGAUGCCAGACAGUGAUAUCACAAGACUGGUUUAAACAAUGUUUACACAAAGGUCGUCUUCAUGACAAAUGUCUUGAAGACACAAGUCUUCUUGGCUAUAUACAUGUAUUCUAUCACAAAAGUGGUGUUUGUUGUAAACCAAUAUGUAUCUGAAACAGCUCUCUAGGCAUGAAGUUACAUGAGAUUAUUUGUUCUGGAACCAGUUUAGUAAAUCUGACUUUUUUAAGAUCCAAUUGCCUAUAAUAAGGAAGCAAAAUAAUAAUUGAAGUAAGUUUUACAUUACAUUUUACAUUGCAUAAAAUGUGCUGAACAUUACACAAAUAUCUUAUGCAUAAUACAUGAUGUAGUUCAAUCUGCAUUUUGUAUGUUUUAAUGUGUAAUUUCAACGGCAUCAUGUCUUUUUGCAUUUGUACUACACCCCUGCUACACACUAGCUACAUUUCAUUAGAUUGCAGCUAUGUAAUAAUUUGUGUCAUAUUGUAAAUAUUUGUGUUUGGAUUUAAGCCUCUUUGUGACAAAAUUUGAUUUUUGCAUUUGUAAUUGACAAUCAAUAUGAAAUGUUCUAACCUUCUGGGUUUGAUUUGAUGUUUUUAAUGCAUUUCAAUAAAGAAAUAUUAUUAUUAUAA